UUGACGGUAUAAAACGGAAAAAACUAGAUGAUAAAAUUUUAGCUAGCAGAUCAUACUCUAUAGUAACAAUGGCGCGACUAUUGGUCCUCUCUGCACUGCUGUUAGCAGCUUACAAUGUGGACGCCGCUGGAAGGAUAGUCGGCGGAGAGCUAACCACUAUCGAGUACUACACCUCGCUUGUCCAGGUGGAAUCCCUGGGCGUGUUCACCAACACCUGGGGCCAGUCUUGUGCCGCCAGCAUCCUCAACUCUAGGAAUGUUCUAUCUGCUGCUCAUUGUUUCGCUGGAAUCCUAUACGACGCCAGCCGCCGUCGGGUCCGCGCCGGCUCAACCUUCCGCAACACCGGCGGUAUCCUGGCUCUGGUCGAGCGCGAAUUCAACCAUCCAUCCUACGGCAGUCUCGGGCUGGACGGUGACGUCAGCGUGGUUAGACUGAGCGAGCCCCUGGUCUACAGCCCCGUCGUGCAGCAAGCUACCAUUGUGGCUCAGGAUACUGUCAUCCUUGACAAUCUCCCCGUCGUUCACGCUGGAUGGGGCGCGACGUCCUGGCAAGGACCAGCUUCCAGCCAGCUCCAACACGUGACCAUCUACACAGUGAACAACGACCUCUGUCGCGAGCGCUACCUCCAGCUCCCCAACCAGAUCGUCACUCCUAACAUGAUCUGCGCGGGUCUCCUUGACGUUGGUGGCCGCGAUGCUUGCCAGGGUGACUCUGGCGGCCCCUUGUACUAUGAUAACAUCCUCAUUGGCAUUGUCUCCUGGGGACACCAAUGCGCUAACGCGACCUUCCCUGGAGUCAGUACUGCUGUCGCCCCCUACACCAACUGGAUCGUGCAAAUCGCUGAGAGCUAAAUUAUAUCGUUUACUUUAUGAUAUUUAUGUAAAAAUAUAUAUUCUUCUACAACAUUGUA